AUGAAAUCAGUCGUCCAUGCUGCUGUGGGUGCAGCUGCACAGCUUCAUCAUCAUCAUGAAUCGGAGAAAAUGUUACGAGUAUUGUUUUUAGGUAAUAGUGAAACAGGAAAGACGAGUAUCAUUGAAAGGCUCGUUUAUGAUCAAUUUGAAGAGAAUUACACGCCAACCAUUGGCAGUGAUUUCUUGACCUCUCAAAAUAUUGAAUACCGAGACGAUACAUACAAAUUACAAUUAUGGGAUAGUGCCGGACUUGAAAAAUACCAAGGAUUAUCUGUAUCGUUUUAUAGAGACAUUGACAUUGUGUGUUUGGUGUUUUCCGUUACCGACUUGAAAAGUGCAAACUCUUUAAACAAAUGGAGAGAAGAAUUUUUAAUACAGGCAGGAAUGUCAGUCACUUCCUCAUUUCCAUUUGUGGUCAUUGGAAAUAAGAUUGAUUGUAUGAAUGAUUUCAAUAAGAGACACUGUGAAAAGACAAUAUCUACUGCUAAGUCUUGGUGCGCUCAAUUUGGCUACCCCUAUUUGGAAACGAGUGCCAAGAGCGAAACCUCUUCAAACCUAGAAACCCUCAUCGUUCCUCAAAUCAUUGAAAAAUAUGUGUCAAGUGCAAAACUAGAAAAUGAAGAGAAUGAACAUGAUGAAAAAUUACUUCCAGAAACUGAAGAGGGAAAACAAAAACGCUCUGGCAUUUGUGGCAACUGCUCAAUUCUGUAA